AUGAAUAAAAUAAUUCUCAUUGCACUAUUGUUAUCAAUUGCCAUCUCUGGAGCAUUUUGUUCAAUUACCGAAUGUAUAAAACAUUGCGAAGAUACUUAUGAUUUAUGUGUUACCCAUUAUACCACUCCACUCCCACCAAUAGAAACUUGUGCAUUGGCAUUGGGUGAUUGUUUAUAUUACUGUAAAUAUCCUUAUCUAUCUCCAUCCCCAUAA